AUGGAAAAUAAAAAUUUUGUCCCUGAUAACAUUCCUGCAGCAGAUCUCGACAAGAGUUGGCAUAUUCCAAGACCCACACUAGCUCGAAGCUCAAAAAGCAGCCAAGGAUCAACAUCUAGCAAUAAUAGUACGCAAAGCGUACGAUCUGGUUCACUUCUUCUAACAGCAGCCAAUCUAGCUCAAAUCCAUAAUCUUCAACAUCCGCCCGACGUCGAAGACCCCCCACCACCGACGGAGGCUUCGACGCGUGACCAAAACAUCCGCUACUAUCUCCAAAGCCAAUCCGUAGACGGUAUCGAUCACCUACCGCCAUCUAUCGAUAUCAAUAAGAAGAAAGAACCAGACACCGUGUCGGUAGCCAGCAGUACGCAUUUCACGGUUGUCAACGUCAAUACUAGACAAAGACAGCCCCAGAGGAGUUUCUGUAGGAAGCACCAGUUGACGAUAUUGGUACUGACGAUGUCUACUAUAUUUACUAUAGGAAUUAUGGCGGCCAUAUUGCUUUUAGAAUUGAGGGCCCAGAACCAGAGGUAUUGA